CUUUGCUUUACUCUUCUCCUUCCUUGGAGAAAAUUUUCGCGGCUUUCUUAUCGCUUGAAACACUCUCCGAGAGAUUCUACGCACGCGCCGCGGGAGGAAGAUCGGGAAAGGAUAUAUAAUCAAAAUUCGUUUCUAUCGGAUUGACCUUAGAUGGUGACAGGCGCGGCCUCAGCCAUGGCGGCAAAACAAGCGGAGCGGUUAAAGGAAGACGGUAACAGUUGCUUUAAGAAAGAACGUUUCGGCGCCGCCAUUGAUGCUUACACUGGGGCAAUAACUUUAUCACCAAAGGUUCCUGUAUACUGGACAAAUCGAGCUCUUUGCCACAUGAAGCGAAAGGAUUGGAUUAGGGUUGAAGAAGAUUGUCGCAAAGCUGUUCAGCUUGACCACAAUUCUGUCAAGGCGCACUACAUGCUAGGACUUGCAUUAUUGCAGAGGGAAGAUUAUCCUGAAGGAGUUAAAGCCUUGCAAAGGGCAUUAGAUCUUGGAAGAGGCGCAAACCCUACAGGGGAAACUUGUGAGGUUGCUCUAAAUCAACAACGUGCUUUAGACAUGUCUCGGACAGAAGAGUCCUCGGAAGAAGCCUAUACCUCCUAUACUGAGCAAUUGAAAGCUCUUGACAGAGUGUUUGAGAAAGUUGCAGAAGACGACAAACCAACUGAGGUGCCAGAUUACUUGUGUUGCAACAUUACUCUUGAGAUAUUCAGGGAUCCUGUGAUAUCUCCAAGUGGGGUUACGUAUGAAAGAGCAGCAAUCCUUGAGCAUAUCGACAAGGUGGGAAAGUUUGAUCCUAUAACGCGUGAAAAACUCGACCCAUCAAAACUGGUUCCAAAUCUGGCUAUCAAAGAGGCAGUGGCAUCUUAUCUUGAGAAACACGUCUGGGCUUACAAAGUGGGUUCUUGAUUCAAAUGAGGCUUGACAUACACACAAUGAAGCGGAAGGAAGAUCGAGUUUAACUACUCAGUGAAUGAACAAAGCAGAGGAGUGCGUUUAUUUAGUUUCGUGUGUAUGAUUCACUGCCUUGUAUAUAUAUUUGUUUUUUCUUUAACACAUUCGCCAUUCCGUUUAAUCUAACACACACACACAAAGACUUUGUUUAGACCAUGGAAAAUAGGCCAAACCAGAAUCAUAAUGGAGUUCUUC